AUGCAACAACGACUAUUUUUCUUAAUUAUUUUUCUUUAUUGUCAAUUGAUUAAAUCUCAAAAAUUAUCAAAUCCAAGUGGAAGAAUAGAUCUUAUUUUUUAUUAUUAUUCACGUAUAAAACCUUUGUCAUCAGUACAAAUACCGAUUCGUACGCAUAUAGUUCGACAAACAGGGAUCGAUUGUGUUUAUUUUUUACAAGGAAAUGAAAUCAGUAGCAAAACAUUUGCUGUUACAACAAUUCAAUGUAUUUCUUUGCGUCAUUCUAGUGAACAUUGUCAAACAAAUUUCGAAAGUAAAUAUUUAAGUCUUCAAAAUAUAUACCUUUCAACUCAAUAUGUAUUAGAAAUGGAAGAGGAUUAUAGACAUUUCAAACAAAUUCUUCGUAAUUUAUCUUCUCGAAUAUUAUAUAAUAAAAAAGAAUUUGAGUUAAGAUAUAUUAUGCCAUACAGUAAUGUUUUUGAUGGUAUUGAUAAAUCAAAAAAUCCCUAUGGAAAUUCAUUAUCACCAACAAGUCUGAUUGGAAUUAUUUUUCUUGGUAUAUGUGCUGUAAUUAUAUUCGUUCUGACUAUUGGAUGGUUCGCUGCAUUUCAUUGUCGACGAUUUACACAAAAUCGGAUAGAAAAAAAACAACGCAAAGCUCUUGCAAAAUCAGCGCAACAAGUACUCGAUAGAUCACCAAUUAUUACAUUUGAUGCAAAUACUGAACAUAAUGAUUAUAAUGAUAGAGAACCAAUGUGUGCUAUUUGUUUAGAAACAUUUAAAAAUAAAGAAAAACUUCGAAAACUUGAGAUUUGUUCACAUUAUUUUCAUAUAACGUGUAUUGAUCCAUGGUUAUUAUCGCAUCAAAGUUGUCCACUUUGUAAUCGAAAUAUUUUAAAUAACCCAAUACCUUCAAUUUCAUCGAGUAUUGUGAUUGCUGAAAAUGAACAACAUAAUGAUGAAAUAACGUCAACGGUCAACAAUAAUAAUAAUCAAACAAUGCAAACAUAA